AUGAUGACAGUCAAGAUCUCGCUCGGCAUCUUUUUCGCGCGCAUCGUAGUCGCACAAUGGCACCUAAUGCUUAUUUAUGUGACUAUUGGUGUCAACAUCGUUUCCUCGGCCGCUGCAUUCUUCUACUGUAUUCUACGUUGCGGGCCCGAUGUCGACAGAUAUGUCUUGCAACAGCUACAGAACAAAUGCACUUCGAGAGGAUUGGACCGGUUCAUCGCGUACCAGUCGGCAACCUUCUCCACGCUUACGGACCUCGUGUUUUUUGUACUACCAAUUGUAGUCAUCUGGAACUCCAACAUGGAUAGAAAGUCAAAGUUCUCGGUUGGGUUCAUUCUCUGCCUCGCCGCGAGCGCCUGUAUCUGCUCCAUGAUCCGAUUCCAGUACGUGGACGGCUUGACUCAAAUCGACGACUUCUUCUGGAACGCCACCAACAUAUCCAUCUGGUCCACUAUUGAGUGCGGCGCCAGCAUCGUCGCAGGGUGCAUGGCAACUCUCCGUCCACUCCUGAAACGUGUGUUUGCAACCGCAGGGACUCUCACCAAGUCUCUGCGCUCUUCCAACACGCAUUCGCACGCCAGUUCGAGACAAACAAACGAUUCGGCAUCCCCCAAGACGCACCAUGACACAAAGCAUCGCCAGGCCGCAGGCUUGGGUAAGGACAAGCCCACUUUUGUCGAGUUUAUUGCCGAGCCGGGAGAGGUUGUCGAGAUGUCCAGCGACGCGGGCGGCUCGCGAGGAAGCCAAGACUGUAUCCUCCGGCAGGACAAAGAAGCAGGGUUGGAUUUCCCAUGGCCAGUCAAAGUGGUUGAACGCAGAAAGGAGCCAGAGCGUACUGCGCGCAUGCACACAAAUCACAAGAGUUGGACCGCAAGACAGAAGACUGCGGGGGAGACGAGAACCGUGCAUCGUCCUUCGUCUGCACCCUCGUCGCCGGGCAUGUUCGAAAUGGGGCAGAAAUACACUUGA